GUUUCAGCAUGAAUAUAGACUUUCCAUUAUUUUUUUGUUGAUUUAUGGAAAUUAUAGAUUUUUUUUCUUCUUGUUAAUUCAUGCCCCCUUUGUUUCUUUCUCUGUGUCUCCUCUCUUUCCAGAACAGAAAUUAGCUGUUUAAUGUCACGUGAUAUAAACCAUAUCCCUCAUCAGGGGACACUCAUCAUCGAUCUUCUUCAUUACAAUUUCAACUCCAAAAGAACAACACAAAAGGAGCUUUCACCCGGGGGAAAUUACAGUACACCAACACGGACCACACCCAAAAAAAAACCAAAAAAUAUAUAUAAAAAAAAAGAACCCAAUAUUUAAACAUCAAGAACAAAUUGUUUUCAUUACCCACCAAAUAAAAUAGUUGAAGAACUUGAAAAACAACAUGGGUUGUUUAACCGAGAACCUCUCUUCAUUUUUCAGCAAUAGAUGGCUGGUUUUCGUGGCUGCAAUGUGGAUACAGUCUUGUGCUGGGAUUGGGUACUUAUUCGGUAGUAUUUCCCCCACGAUCAAGAGCUCCUUGAACUACAAUCAGAGGCAGGUGGCCCGAUUGGGCGUGGCUAAAGAUUUAGGUGACAGCGUGGGGUUUUUAGCCGGUGGGUUAUCUGAGAUUUUGCCCUUGUGGGGUGCUAUUCUCGUUGGUGCUUUACAGAAUUUUGUUGGGUAUGGUUGGGUUUGGCUUGUCGUCACUGGUAGAGUUCCUGUUUUACCGCUGUGGGCUAUGUGCAUUCUUAUCUUCGUGGGAACAAACGGCGAGACAUACUUCAACACGGCUGCAUUAGUUUCAUGCGUGCAGAACUUCCCUCGAAGCCGUGGGCCCGUUGUGGGCAUCCUAAAGGGCUUUGCCGGAUUAAGUGGCGCUAUCUUAACCCAAAUCUAUGCACUAAUCAACUCCCCUGACCAAGCUUCACUCCUAUUCAUGGUGGCCGUGGGGCCCACAAUGGUCGCCAUUUCCCUCAUGUUCAUCGUUCGGCCAGUUGGCGGCCACAGGCAGAUAAGAUCCUCAGAUGGCUUCAGCUUCUCGAUUAUCUACAGCAUUUGCCUUCUUUUAGCUGCUUAUUUGAUGGGUGUCAUGCUCGUGGAGGAUCUAAUCGACUUGAGCCAAAAUGUCAUUACUAUAUUCACACUAGUUCUGUUCGUACUCGUGCUGAUUCCCAUUUUUGUCCCCGUCACGUUGACUUUUUUCUCGCGCGAGCCGACUUCGACAUUAGACGAGUCACUUUUGCCCGACUCGCUGAAGCAAGAAGAAAAUCAGGAUAUAAUAUUUAGCGAGACUGAGGAGGAGAAGCCCAAGGAGAUGGAUUUGCUCCCGGCUUUAGAGAGGCAGAAGAGAAUUGCGCAGCUUCAGACGAGGUUAGCUCAGGCUGCAGCUGAAGGUGCGGUUAGAAUCAAGAAACGUAGGCCCCACAGAGGGGAGGAUUUUACGAUGAUGGAAGCAUUGAUAAAGGCCGAUUUGUGGCUCAUUUUCUUUUCGCUUCUGUUGGGUUCAGGCUCGGGAUUGACCGUGAUCGAUAAUUUGGGGCAGAUGAGUCAGUCGUUGGGGUAUGAUAACACGCAUGUGUUUGUUUCCAUGAUCAGCAUUUGGAACUUUCUUGGCCGAGUUGGUGGAGGCUACGUCUCGGAGAAAAUCGUCCGGGACUAUGCAUAUCCAAGGCCUGUGGCCAUGGCCACUGCCCAAGGCAUAAUGGCUAUCGGGCAUUUCUUCUUCGCCAUGGGCUGGCCGGGGGCCAUGUACGUGGGCACUCUUCUCGUCGGGCUCGGUUAUGGGGCCCAUUGGGCUAUAGUUCCCGCUACUGCCUCCGAGCUGUUUGGCUUGAAAAAAUUCGGGGCUUUGUACAAUUUUCUGACUCUAGCUAACCCAGCUGGAUCUUUAGUUUUCUCAGGCCUUAUAGCCAGCAGCAUAUACGACCGAGAGGCUGAAAAGCAAGCUCGUGGGCAUAAUCAGUUACAACGCAGUUUGUUAUCUUCGUUUUCGAGUUUCGUUCGUCUCGACGAGCCUUUAAAGUGCGAUGGCGCGAUUUGCUUCUUUUUAACGUCCUUGAUUAUGUCGGGCUUUUGUAUAGUUGCGGUUGUUUUGAGCAUGAUUCUCGUGUACCGGACAAAGCCUGUCUAUGCUCACCUCUAUGGUGGGUCCCGCAGGUAAGUCGAGUCGGGACAAUGUUGAAUGAGGAAAGUGGGCUGUGUGUGUGUGUGUGUGUUUCUGGAAUUUGGUUCGAGUUCGAGGUUGAUAUUUUUGGCUGUUUUGUAUCGAUAUGACAUUGUGGGAAAGCAGUAAGAGUUGAUGAUGAAGGCCGUGUUCGCGCUCUAGACAAUGUGAUUUUUCAAGUUUUGACUGGAAAUAUAUGCAUUUCCAGCUAGAAUGAAAGAAUAACUCUCUUUUUGAAGAAGGAGAAGUGGUUUGGAAAUACUCCAUUGAUCUACAGAUGGAGGACUGCAGCAUUUUGUCCUGGAUAAUUUUUAUACAGUAUGUACAGGGUUGAGUGAGUGUAUGUUGUUUGUCUGUGUUUUUUAUUGAAUUCUUUGAAUAUGUUUUGUAAUAAUCAUUGUGGUGGUUUAAUAGCUACUUACUAUUUUUCUUCUUUGGAUACUAUUUUUUUGGUGGAACUUUGAAGUUUGAACGUAGGAAGAGGCCUUUUUCCUACUAUCCUACAGUUUUCUGCUGAGAUUACUGACCAUGUUUGCAAUAUAUCAGAAUAUUGACUACCCAUUUGAUAAA